CAUUGUAUGAUGAAUUCUCUGGUGCUUGUUCUUGGGCACUUUCAGCAUUAUGUGGGGUGUUUGUCCUUGAACACUUUCAGCAUUAUGUGGUGAAUUCUCCUUGGCAAUUUUGGUAUUGUGUGCCUUUGGCAUUGUGUAGUAAAUUCUCUGGCAUUUGUCCUUGGGCACUUUCG